GUGGGCGUUCUCUUCUGAGUCCCUCUGUCCAAUCAGAGAAGUCUAUGUUUAAGGUUCCGCGCAUGCUCAGAAGUCAACCUUCUCAUGUGUUUCUUACGCAGGCUCCGGUGGAGGUCACUGUGAUCUAUCAGCGCAGUAGGACUGUUGCAUUGCUGCCAUGGCAAAGCUCUUUGAGUCCAUUGGAAAGCUGGGAUUGGCCUUGGCCAUAGGAGGAGGUGUUGUAAACUCUGCACUUUUCAAUGUGGAUGCGGGACACAGGGCGGUCAUUUUCGACAGGUUUCGAGGUGUCCAGGAUGUUGUCGUUGGGGAGGGCACACACUUCCUUAUUCCCUGGGUGCAGAAGCCAAUCAUCUUUGACUGCAGGUCCCGUCCACGCAAUGUGCCUGUCAUCACUGGUAGCAAAGAUUUGCAGAAUGUCAACAUCACGCUGAGGAUCCUCUUCCGGCCAAUCGCUACACAGCUGCCGCGGAUUUUCACCAGCAUCGGCGAGGACUAUGAUGAGAGAGUGCUGCCCUCCAUCACCACUGAGGUUCUGAAGGCUGUAGUGGCCCGUUUUGAUGCCGGUGAGCUCAUCACUCAGAGAGAGCUGGUGUCCAGGCAGGUCAGUGAGGAUCUGACAGAAAGAGCAUCCACCUUCGGCCUCAUUCUAGAUGACGUCUCCCUGACACAUCUGACGUUUGGCAAGGAGUUCACAGAGGCUGUUGAGAUGAAGCAGGUUGCACAGCAGGAGGCUGAGAGAGCCAGAUUUGUUGUAGAAAAGGCAGAGCAGCAGAAGCAGGCAACCGUUAUAUCAGCAGAAGGAGACUCCCAGGCUGCGCUGUUGAUCGCUGAUUCUCUGGCAGUAGCUGGUGAUGGCCUGGUGGAGCUGAGAAAGCUGGAGGCAGCGGAGGACAUCGCCUUCCAGCUCAGCCGCUCUCGCAAUGUUACCUACCUCCCGUCCGGACAGGGAACGCUCUUUCAGUUACAGCAGUGAUAGGGCAACUAGAGACACAUACACACUCACUUCACUUCUUCUGCUCUAAGCUUGGCUACUUUCGGAAAUGAUGUCUGUAGAACCCAUGAAACUAUCUGAUCAGCCUAUAGGCAAAUUAUAAAGAGACAAAGAUAUCCGUCGUUUUUCUCUCUUUUAGUCCAAGAGUUUUCUUGCUCUCUUCCUGAAAGGAUAGACUGCCACAAGGUGGUUGCAGAAUAUGGAAAGAGUGAAGGGGAACCCAGGGGAAGAGUCUGUGUGUAUGUAAAUGUGCUCCAGGUGCAUAUAUUUGCAUUUGGAUUUGUUUUCCUUGGCUAAAUGGGAGUCGAUGUUGUUUGAAACCCAUACAUAGAAAUUGAUCUAAAUACCAUGCAAAGCUAAAUUAAAUUAUACAUUCAUGAGUAGUGAGUGCUGGAUGAUUGACAUCAGUCUCACCCUCUGCUUCUGCAAGAACGACUGUGUUGUUUUUUUGGUUUGAAUGUGUUUUUGUUGUUGUGUGUGGCCGAAGGAAUGCCCUUGUUUAACAAGUGCUGAAUGGAUAAAAUAAUCAAUAAACAAUUAUUCGUUUAUACUAAUUCAAAAUACAGUUGAAUGCCUCAUUAUUAUAGAGAUCCACUAUUAAAGUUUGUAGACGUAAAAACAUUUUUUAAUGUUAUACAGACUACUUUGUUCCUCACUGGUUGUGAAGCACACUUCAGAGGGUAAAUAUGCCUUUUAGUGUCCACUAGAGGGCAUCAGUGCUUAUUUCUGAAAAAAGAUUUCACCUCACGAUGUCAGACGAUGAAAUGCAUAAAGAAACAAAUGGCUAAAUAUUUAAUGCAGUAAUACAAUUGUAGUUACUCUAAUAUACAGAUUUUCUUUAUUGGAAAAAAUAAACCUCUACCUCAAUUAUUUUGCCUUUCACAUUUUAAAGGCCAAAUAUAUGAGUUGGUUUCUUUUCAGAGAUUUUCUUUAUAUUUUGUAACAAUUUACACACCUUCUGUUAUUUUUAUUUCUGUCAGACAUUAACCUCACUGCAGGAGUACAGCAGACACAGGAAUGAGUAAUUCUGUUGUUAGAUCUACAUUCCUGUUGCAUGAGUACUGCAUAUUAAAAGAGAAGAGAGGAGCACAUUAAAUAGAGAAGUUAAGUGUGGAAAUCAUAUUAUUCACUAUUUUCGACUUCACAGACAGAACAGUCUUCACACACAGGAUGUUGAUGUUUCUUUCCUGUUUUACACUUGUGCUCAAAACACACAUUUGUGGGCAUCUACAACACACGUUUAUCUUUGACAUGUUUCAAAUGAUUUGGAGUUUGAAUAAAUUGUACAGUAUUA